UGUGUACGCUCAUCCAGGAUCGAAGUUAUCUUGCGUCCACUGUAGUUGAUAUUACGUCGGAGUCCACGCUGAAGCCCCACAAUACUUCGGUUCCAACCAAAUACGUACGGGAUUGACGAGAAAAAGUAAGACAACAUAUUGUAAAAUGCUAAUAACAGAUAUAUUAAAAGGCUCCGGAAUGUAAUCUGCUCUUAAUUUUACAUUGCAAAUUUCGUCAAUUGCAUUUUGAAACAGAAUAACAACAUAAAAGUGAAAAACCAAGACGCAAUGUUACGUAAUCAACAAAGUACUUGCUUGUGAUACAGUCCACCGCAAAGUUAACUUGUCUGCUAAUUUGCACCUAUUCUAUAGUAGUUCAAACAAAGUCAGUUACCUUCGUUCACACUCAAGGUCGAACAAGAACAUGUGUGACAGAGAGCAGAGAAGUGGAAUAGAGAGACGAAUGAACAGUACAACGGGAGAUAACGUAGCCCAAGAAACGGAACAGCGAAACCUACUCAACACGCAUACGUUGUGAGGCCGUAAGCGAGGAUGGUUUUAAAAGGACAGUCUUACAGUCAAGUUGCCACGAAUCAAAAUCCUGUGUUGUUUGAAACUGACUAGAGACCAAAGUGAUUUCAAGAGGACAACGGUGAAGCUAUACUUCAAAUCCGCAAUUCCGUCGUCGUCGUCUCUUGUUUGAUUUAGUACUGAGUAGGCGACGUGUUGUGUUCACACAUGUGGAAACAAUGUAUGAGUGCUGUUUGCUACAUGAGAAAUGUUGUGUUGCAUUUUUUGAAGAAAAGUACCAUCUCCCAUUUCGGACGACGAUCUGUGGACGAACAGGGAAACGUGUUGAAACUCAUCUCAGAAUUUUAACAAGUUUCAACAUCGACACUUCAUGACGCGGAUUAAUAUCAAAUGCCCAAAAUGCGAAUACGUCUAGGCCGAGUCCAUAGUUCGUACAUCAUUGGAAUUGGAACACUGGUGCUUCUAAUCUUCUACCUCAGCUCCAAUGAUCGUGACUCCCGUGGGAAUGUCGACAGGCAGGAUAAAGAGCGCGAAGAGCUGAAAGAUUCUGUCGAUAGUAAAUCCGACUUCAGUACUUAUAUUAGAGAGGCCGAGGCAGAGAACAGCGAACGGCUGCAGAGGAUUCAACAGGUGUGUCACCGCUACAACCUGGGGCUGUACAAGCAUUCGGCCGGGCCACCCAAGUUCAAACACCCUCCCACCCCUCAGUACAGCGUGUUCUACAUAGACAGAGAGCACAAAUUAACAUGGUGUCCGAUCUACAAAGCCGCCUCCUCUACGUGGUUGUACAACUUAUGCUUAUUGGCUGGCUAUUCGGAAGAAUACAUCGCAGAGAACCAUAAGCAGAUCAACCAACUGGCGAGGGAAGCAUUCCCGGAGCUCGACCACACUGAAGCUGAAGAGGCGUUCCAUAGCACCCUGAAGCUGAUGGUGGUCCGACACCCGUUCGAACGGCUGUUGUCUGCAUACCGAGACAAACUAGAGAAUACGCGGAUAGGCUCCGAGCAGGGGACAGCACAUUUCUACCUCAAGUACGGAAGCCGCAUCGUUGCGAAGUUUCGGCAAGGGGGCAAUGGCACCCGCACGCAGUCGCUUCUGAAACCCGGGCAGUACUUGUGGGACCCCCAGCUGCCUGAACCCGCGGGAUUCGAACCAACGUUCAAGGAGUUCGUUAGGUACCUGAUUGACGUCGAUGUCAUUCUGUACUCAGAUGACCACUGGAUUCCCUUUUACUUAUUUUGUACACCUUGUCUGCUUAACUAUGACAUAAUUUCCAAAGUGGAGACGAUGCUACGAGAUCAGGUGUACGUGAUUCGGGCUGCUGGACUUCAGGGCCUGAUUCGACCCCGAUGGAAGCACAAAACUUACAGUGAGGAUGGCAAAGAAACAUCAAGGAGAUACUUCUCACAGUUAUCAAAACAAGAAGUAAAGAGAUUGUAUGAAAAAUAUAAACUAGAUUUUGAAUUAUUUGAUUAUAAAGUUGACGAUUAUUUACAAUAUGCUACAGCAUGAGUUAUACAUUCUUAUUGGAAAUGACAAUAUAAUGUUGGGAGAGGUAAGUAACGACCAGCUUAUCCUUAGCUGUCAGCAUUAGGGAAACCAGGUGUCAAGAAAUCUACCAAAUCAAUAUGGAAUAUAAAAAUACAUCAACAACAGAAAAACAUUAUAUUCAUACCAAAGAGAGCAGUGAAAGGCAGAAGAAAAAUGAAGUGACUGAAGUAAAUCCAGGUUAGGUUAGGAUAGCAUAUGAAAGAAAUGAUGGAGUGAUACUACGGAACACGUACAUUAUAGUAAAGACCAUAACUAAGAUUGGAAAAAACUCAUGGAAUGGAAACUAAUGUUAAGGUCAGAAUCUUUUAUCUUUCUGUCUUUCCAAAAUCUCCAAAACUCAAAUGUUCCUUACUCAUGUAUGACUUCCUGUUAUUCUCAAGUUGUAUUUUAGCUCUAACGAGCAAACUGCUUAUCACAAUCGUGGUACUCGGUUGUGAUUGCACCUAUGACGUGGCACUUGACAGAACUCAAGUCAUAAGACUAAGGAUGGAACAAAUUAAUCUUCAGGAAAGAGGAUUUGAAUGUGCUUAAUGUAAGUUCACAGCCAGAAAAACUUCUGGGAGUACAAUAUUAAAAUUAAUCAUAAAUAAGAUCUGAGGUGUGGACUGGAUUCAAGUGGCUCAGGACAUGAUCCAAUGGAAAAGUAUUUUGAACAUAACAAUUUAUAUCCAAUAAAAAAAUGGCAAAUUUCUUAAUCAACUACUAUCUACUUCUCAAAGAAUCUGCUCCACAGAGUUAAUUAGCGCAGGUCCAGUCACUUUUUGAAUUGUGAUGAAUCCUUGGACUACAUAAAUUACAUAGUUACUCCCCCUAUACCAGAGUAUCCAUCAAUGGAAAUGAUACAGAUAAGAACGAAAGUUAUGUUGACCAUGAAUAAGACACUCCGUGCAUUUCUAUCACUUUAUAGCACGUUACUUAUUCUAUUUUAUAAUCAACAUUCCAGUUAAUAAAAACUACCCACCCAUAA